CUCCUUUUUUCUUAUGGAAAGCGCGCUGGCUGAUCCGAAGUGCUGGGUUUCGCCUUGUCCGUUUCUGGAGCUGGUGCUUCAAGGGACCCACAAAAUGUGACUCACCGCCUGGCUGGUCUCCCUGGCGGUUCACGGAUUGUGACUCUUUCUCUGGGUUUUGCCUUCCCGGCUGCACCAGCAACCUUUUCUGCGGGCGGGACAUGUUUUGAGGCUUUUCUGCCCAAGCCAGCAAGUACCCGUGAGUCACCAUGGCAACCAAGCAGCCUCCCCCUCUGAUGAAGAAGCACAGCCAGACAGACCUUGUGAGCCGUCUGAAGACAAGGAAGAUCUUAGGUGUUGGCGGGGAGGAUGAUGAUGGCGAGGUUCAUAGGUCAAAGAUCAGUCAAGUCUUGGGCAAUGAAAUCAAGUUUGCAGUGAGGGAACCUUUGGGGCUCAGGGUUUGGCAGUUUGUCUCAGCUAUCAUAUUCUCUGGGGUUGCCAUCAUGGCUCUCACCUUUCCAGAUCAAAUCUAUGAUGCUGUCUUCAAGGAAGAGGUAGUCAACAGUAAAAUGCCUAUCCGUCUCUAUGGAGGAGCUUUACUUAGCAUCUCGCUCAUCAUGUGGAAUGCCCUCUACACAUCUGAGAAGGUCAUAAUCCGUUGGACCCUACUGACCGAAGCUUGCUACUUUGGAGUACAGUUCCUGGUGACUUCAAUCACCUUGGUUGAGAGCGGCCAAGUGUCUAUGGGAGCCACAUUUCUUCUCAUCAGCCGAGCCCUCUUUGUACUUAUCAGCGUUUAUUACUACUAUCAAGUUGGACGCAGACCCAAGAAAGUCUAAUGGCCAGAACUUUAAGGGGGUGGAAGACCUUGGUUGAUUUGGAAGGGCUGGAGGGCUUUUCUAUUUUUUUCUUUUUCUUUUCCACAUUCCUUUUUGUUCACAUUAGUGCAUUGUCUUUAAAAGCAGUCAUUAUAGCAUGCAUCAAUGUGUCAGUCCAGUGCUGGUCUCCCUGCCACAGCAGACAAGAAAAAAAGAAAGAUCAAAGCUGAGCUCCUUCCUGCCUAAUGUCUCUUUGGAAAGGACAGAUAAUGAGGCUUGCUCAAAAUGUGGGGGAGAGUGAUUCCCAAUUGUUAGUCAAAUUACUCUGUAAAACUAGAUGAUGGGCCCAGGAUAUCCCAUUUUACUAUCCUCCAGACCGACUGGACUGAACAUCUGUCACAGGAUGGGGAUGAUAGGAGUUGAAGUUGAACUAUCAUAGACUUGGAAAGGGAUUUGGAGCAGCUUUCCAAGGUUUACAUAGAUAGAUCCAGCAAUUACAUUGAAAUUGCAGUGGACGUCUUAAGUAUAUUCUUCCUUUUCGUUUGUCACUUGUGAUUGGGUUUCUUGUCAAGUCUGUCUACUAAAAUCUUACAGCCAAGGCUGAAACAAUGUCUUGCUUUAUGGGGGAAUCCCAAAGGCACAUUAUACAGAAUUCUUAGAAAGUUGAAUAUUGAUCUUUUAAUGUGCCUCUUAGAAAAUGAUAUCAUGACCAUACAUCUGAAACCUGGACAUAAACUAUAUUAAUUUAAAAAGAGAUUCAAACUCUUUUGAAGAAAGCCUCAAUCUGCUACUGCUUCUAAAUAUGCCUUUUUGUUUUUGGUCAUCAUUUCUCCCUUUCUUCUCUGCUGUUGGCCACUUAGUACUGUUCUAGUUAGCGGUGUUUGGUUUUUAAAGUACUAGUUGUUAACUAAAAUACUCUCAGAUAAUUCUAGGAAGAGGAACAUUAGAAGAGGAAACUGAAAUAAUGAUUUAACAGGCUUUUUUCAAGACAAAAAUGAAAACACAGGGAAAUAUUUACCAAUUUUUACAAAUUAUUGUCAAGUGUUAGUGCAAAUUAAAAAAGCACAAGAGCUUGGUUAUAAACAAGUACCUAAAAUGGCAUAGUAAAUACUGAACAUGUCUAGGUUAGUUUGUAUUGUAUAUGCUGGAAUGAUUUGUGAAUGUAGAAAUGUCUGAUUUUGGUGGUCUUUUCAUCCUUCUUGAAAUGGAAAGAUCAGUCAAAUUGGUAUUUAUGUGCACGUGUAGGUCUAGGAGCACCGAGGGGGAAAUUACAAAUGAUUUAGUCAUUUCUCAUGUUUGGCAGUUAGCUCCAAAACUGGAUUGCACCCUAUUACAUGAACUAAAUCAGUGUACUGUGAACUGUGACUCUGCAAGAUGCCCCAAAGAGGUUUAGAUAUGGAUUGUCCUCUCUUGUAGUUGCAAGAGGCUGCUAACCUAGAACAAAGUAAUUUAUUUGAGCCCAGUUAAGAUUCUCUAUAUUGUCUAUGUAAUGUUUGCCAAUUACAAAUGGCAGUCUUAGGAUGUCCUUUUAUCCAUUCUGUUAUUUAACCAAAAGGGAUAAAUAUAAGCUGAUUUCUUCAGACUCAAAAGCAAAGUUCUUAAUGAUAUGAAAAAAGGCAACCAUAAACUAAAGUAAGAGAAAUAUUGCUUCAGGUAUACUCAUGGGUCUACCCAAACUGCAAUUCAUUGUGUUCAGUUGGGCAAAUAAAGCAAAUUUGCUUUUUUUUUUCUUUCCUGCCCUGUUGCUCCCAUCAAAAUAUUGGGAAAAUCUGCAGAUAGUUUUAAAUAAAAUCAGGAACUGGUUGCUCUUUCCAUACAAACCACAACGUUAUCUAUCACUUCAGGAUAAAAUCUAGCAGUUUACCUUUUACUUUUCAAUCUGUUCAAUGGUGAGUCUCAUGCUUUCCCCCACUUUUCCUUAAUUUUCCUUAUAGUGGUUUUUGUGUUUUGCCUUAUAUUGAAUUUACAUCAAGCAACUGUCUUCUUGAAACGGAUUGCAAAAAUUUUACUAGCAUAUAUCUGUUAAGAUGGACCAAACUUUUUGGACUGAGCACAAUGACUCUAGAAAAAGGGCAUAUGAUUUAUAUUGUGGAAAGACCUGACUGUAUCCAUAAAACUGGAUAACACUGAAGACUGAAGUAGCAUCUUUUCAUUUUCAACAAGUAAUGGUAUUUAGAAAAUCUAAAGACUUAUUCAUGGAUGGCCAAUUUUAUGUGCUGAUUUUGCCUACUGUGGUCUUUUUUUUUUCCUGCUCAACUAUUUCCAACACUGCCGCCUUGAUCAACUUCUGGCAUUAACUACAUAUGCGCAUGAGCAUGGACUACCAUGUAUGCUGCAGCUGAAGACCAUACAAAAACCAUGAAUCAAAUAGAAAUUCUUGAAAUGUUUGACUUUAUGAUAAAUGUGGUGAUUCAAGUGGUGAAUUUAGAAUCAAGAGAGAAUGCCUGGAGAGAUUAAAUUCCUCUAUAGGAAUGAAUUUGUUAAUGCUACUUUCAGUUGUUUAAGUUCUUGCUCUGUAGAAAAGAUGAUUUGUACACUUAAUGAAAUAAGUAUGAUUCCAAGCAGUUACCAUCUGGUAUUGAGCAUUUUGUUCCCAGGUAGAAAACUGAAUUAGAGGAAGGAACACUUUUCAACUGUGCUUUAAUCCGGGCUCCAAAUCUUUAAACUGAAUUUUGGUUCAAGGAAAGGAAUUAUAUGCUCUUAUGAAUCAAGAUGUUGCCCUGUUAUAUUUCUAUAGCAAAUAUGACUCAUUAGCAUAUUAAAAUUCAUAAUUAUCUCUUUACCAAGGCUCACUUUGAGGCAUUUCAAAAUAGUAAAAAAAUACAUAAAAAAAACAACUCUGC